UGUACGUGUGACCACCAUGGAUGCAGAACUGGAGUUUGCCAUUCAGCCCAACACCACCGGCAAGCAGUUGUUUGACCAGGUGGUGAAAACUAUUGGCCUGAGGGAAGUUUGGUUCUUUGGUCUGCAAUACCAGGACACUAAGGGUUUCUCCACUUGGCUGAAACUCAAUAAGAAGGUGACUGCCCAGGAUGUGCGGAAGGAAAGCCCCCUGCUCUUCAAGUUCCGGGCUAAGUUCUACCCUGAGGAUGUAUCUGAGGAGUUGAUCCAGGAUAUCACACAGCGCCUGUUCUUCCUGCAAGUGAAGGAGGGCAUUCUCAAUGAUGAUAUUUACUGCCCACCUGAGACUGCUGUGCUGCUGGCAUCCUAUGCUGUCCAGUCCAAGUAUGGCGACUUCAAUAAGGAAGUCCACAAGUCAGGCUACUUGGCAGGAGACAAGUUGCUUCCACAGAGGGUCCUGGAGCAACACAAGCUCAACAAGGACCAGUGGGAGGAACGAAUCCAGGUGUGGCAUGAGGAGCAUCGGGGCAUGCUCAGGGAGGAUGCUGUCCUGGAGUAUCUGAAGAUUGCUCAAGACCUGGAGAUGUAUGGUGUGAACUACUUCAGCAUCAAAAACAAGAAAGGCUCAGAGCUGUGGCUGGGGGUGGAUGCUCUGGGUCUCAACAUCUAUGAGCAGAAUGACAGACUGACUCCCAAAAUAGGCUUCCCGUGGAGUGAAAUCAGGAACAUCUCUUUCAAUGACAAGAAAUUUGUUAUCAAGCCCAUUGACAAAAAAGCCCCGGACUUUGUCUUCUAUGCUCCCCGGCUGCGGAUUAACAAACGGAUCUUGGCCCUGUGCAUGGGGAACCAUGAGCUAUACAUGCGCCGUCGCAAGCCAGACACCAUUGAGGUGCAGCAGAUGAAGGCACAGGCCCGGGAGGAGAAGCACCAGAAGCAGAUGGAGCGUGCUCUGCUGGAAAAUGAGAAGAAGAAGCGUGAGAUGGCAGAAAAGGAGAAGGAGAAGAUUGAACGAGAGAAGGAGGAACUGAUGGAGAAGCUGAAGCAGAUUGAGGAACAGACUAAGAAGGCUCAGCAAGAACUGGAAGAACAGACCCGUAGGGCGCUGGAACUUGAACAGGAGCGGAAACGUGCCCAGAGUGAGGCUGAAAAGCUGGCCAAAGAGCGUCAGGAAGCUGAAGAGGCCAAGCAGGCUCUGCUGCAGGCUUCUCGGGACCAGAAGAAGACCCAGGAACAGCUGGCCUUGGAAAUGGCGGAGUUGACAGCUCGGAUCUCCCAGCUGGAGAUGGCCCGACAGAAGAAAGAGAGUGAGGCUGUAGAAUGGCAGCAGAAGGCUCAGAUGGUACAAGAAGACUUGGAGAAGACCCGCGCUGAGUUGAAGACUGCCAUGAGUACUCCUCAUGUGGCAGAGCCUGCUGAAAAUGAUCAGGAUGAGCAGGAUGAGAAUGGGGCAGAGGCAAGCGCUGACCUGCGAGCUGACGCCAUGGCCAAGGACCGCAGUGAGGAGGAACGUACCACUGAAGCAGAGAAGAAUGAGCGUGUGCAGAAGCACCUGAAGGCCCUCACUUCAGAACUGGCCAAUGCCCUCGAUGAGUCCAAGAAGACAGCCAAUGAUAUGAUCCAUGCUGAGAACAUGCGACUGGGCCGAGAUAAAUACAAGACCCUGCGUCAGAUCCGGCAGGGCAACACCAAGCAGCGCAUAGAUGAAUUUGAGUCCAUGUAAUGGGCACCUAGCCUCUAGGGACCCCUCCUCCCUUCUUCCUUGCCCCCAGACUCUUAUACUCUCGCCUAACUCACACUGUGCUGGCGCCACUAACUAGAGCAGCCUUGGAGUCAUGCUAAAUGUUCAUUGUAGCCAUUGAACCAAACCUAGCCCCUCAGCCCUCACUCACUUCCCUGAGCAGAGAAAUGGUGCCAAUGGGACCCUCUUUUCCCUCUCUGUACCAUUUAAUCUACCUUAUUAGAACAGAGCACUUCAACAGCUCAGAGGCACUUCCCACUUGAUAUGGGAAACAUCCCUACAUUUACUAUUGUUCUUUAGGUGUCAAGUAUGGAGUAGGUUGUAAACUAGCUCCCACCACUGCCUUCCUCUUCAGGGUCCUGUAAUUUGAAGAAUUGGAGUACCACAGUUUUAGGAAGGAGGCAGAGCCCUGCUGUAUGCUCUAGGAUGUCAACUGCCUGUUCCUUCUAGAGUUAUUUAGGCUUUAUAAUGAUUGGAGGCUAAAAAGGUGUUCGGUCAUUCUCUCUACCUCCCAGAUUGGGCCUGUUUCAAACUCAGUCCCAAUAAGCCUUGUCCUUGAUUUCAGGGACUCAAUUUCUCCUCAGUGCCUUCAAGAGGCUUUACCAACAUCUUAGAAGGCUAUUCACCCUUCAGUUCAGGCAAGGCUGGGUAGAAGAUCCUUCCCUCAAUGUCUUAUGGGAGAGACUAGGCCUGUUUCAAGUUAUCUCUAUUGGCCAAAGUAUACCUUAUUAUUCUGGGUUCCUCCUCCCUUCUUGGGAUUUCCUCCUUCUCAUUCCAAUCCCCAAAUCCCCUCCUGCUAGAACUUGUAGGGGUGGUUACCCAAAAACUCAGCUAGCCCCAUUCAGGACUUGCCAGAAGGAGGAAAUGUUGACACCUGGCUUCUGUCUUUUUCCCUGCCAUGGGUCCCAGGCCACUUCUCUUAUCAGAGCUACUUGGGCCACAGCUCCUAUUUCGGGGCCAUCCAGGCCUUGGUAUGGUGAGUCCUGGAUCUUGAUGGCAGUUGGCUUAAUUGGUGAAAGGAUAGAAGAAGCUGAGUGUGGUAAGAGAAGUCCAUGGCCUGGACCCCAGAUUACUUUACUCCAUCAUGUGCCUAAUAGCCCCUUCCUGUCACCUACCUCUAAGCUGGUGACUAGGACUUGCCUAUGUUUGACAAACCUCUAACCCAGAUCUUGCCACCAAUUGUGCGGUCCUUUGGAGCUGUAAACCAGAGAACUACUGGGGCCUCUGGCCUGGUCCCUUCCACAGCCCUACCCCUGGCUCUCAACUCAGGAGCAGCCUCUUCCUCCUCUCUGUUGUAUGUGUGUUGUUUUUUUUCUACCAGUAUUAUAUAUUCUAGUGGCAUCUAACUCAAUAUUGAUUUCUGCGUGUCCUGCUAAUGUACCCUUAGAAGCUUGGAGCAAGAGUCAUUUUGGCCAAAUUCCCUUACCACUCCCACACCUGGGAAGCAUAUACUAUAUUAUAAAAUAAUAUUUUGCCAGAAACAUUAAUGUAAGAAGCUUUCAGUAUUAGUGAUAUCACCUGUCAUUAUAGGUCAUACAAUCUAUUCUUAAAGAACUUGGUAUUUGGUUUUAUUGUUCCCUUUUUGCCUUCUCCCCAGAGUUCAGUCCACAAGGGGUAUACUGUCCCUGCAUGCAGUGCCCCUAGCCCAGAGCCCUGCUUCAAUCCCUCCUCCCUCUUCCCCACCCCUCCCUGACCUUGGGGAGUUUUAUGUGCAUUGCUGUGAAUUAUAUUGAGACUUUCUUGGUGAUAUGCCGUAUAUUGGCUAAAUUUAAACCUGGAAUUGUGGGGCAAUCUAGCUGCCUUAAGAGAGGUAACCCAUCCCCAGGGAGACUGGGGAGAAAAGUUAGAUUUUGUAUUCAGGUUUUUGUGUAUUUUUUGGGGUUUUUAAAAACUGUGUUUGUGGUUUUUUUUGUUUUUGUUUUUGUUUUUUUGGAGGGGUUUAUGCUCAACCCAUGUUCUAUUUCAGUGCCAAUAAAAUUUAGGAAGACCUCACUGUGA